UUGCUCACACAACACGCGCAUUCCGUCGGAAAAAUUCGAAAAAAGCACUAAUACAAAAUAGUUUAAAAUAAAAUGGCAGCCAUACGUCCUUUAAGCGCUGAAUUGCAGAAAAUCGCCAUUGAAGAGCUGAACGAGGUGCCCGAACGUGUGCCACAGGAUAUAGCGGCAUUACGCGAAUGGAUCGAAAAGCAGUCGCAUUUGCGUGCACGCACCGACGAUCAAUUUUUGGUCAGCUUUUUGCGCGGCUGCAAGUACAGUUUGGAGAAGGCCAAAUCGAAAAUAGAUUACUUCUACACAAUACGCACAAUGUUGCCACAUAUUUUCGUGAAUAAUACACUGGCAGAUCCGAAGAACUUGCUUAUUGCACGAUCAGGCGGCAUUGUUGCAUUGCCAAAAACAUUAGGUGUCGGUGGUCCAGUGAUUGGCUUCUCGCGUUAUAAAAUAAUCGAUGAUUUACCAAUUACCGUUAAGGAUUACUGCAGAUACAUUGCUAUGGUAACGGACAAGACUAUAGUCGGCGCCGAUGCUUACGUUAUAGGCGGUUACAUGGAAAUUGUUGAUGUCGACAAAGUCGGCAUGAGUGCAAUGUCGAAAUUCGAUCCGGUCACAGGCAAACAAUUCAGCACAUAUUGCAUGAAGGGCUCUGCUAUACGCAUUAAGGGUAUACAUAUUAUAAAUGCGCCCAAAGAGGCCUACACCGCACUCAAUAUUAUACGCAAUCUCUUUCCGGCCAACAUAAAAGAGAGGUACUUUAUACACCGCAACAUGGCGGAAUUGUAUAAAUAUGUGCCUAAGCAGUAUUUGCCAAUCGAAUAUGGUGGCUCUAAUGGCUCAUUAACCGAUUUGACUAAUAAACUUGUAGGCGAUUUGCAGGACUUUAAUUACUAUUUUAAAGAGAACGAUAAAUAUGGCGUCGACGAGAAGCUAAGGCAAGGCCAAAGUAAGGAUAUGAACUCAAUAUUCGGUUUAGAGGGCACAUUCCGAAAGCUUGAUAUUGAUUAGA